AUGUUAUCAGACGACGCCGGGGCCUAACUAGUAACGAUAUGGACUUCUAUCACCGACUUGCUCGCGUUUCAUUUAAGAUUUCAUUGAUCCCUAUACCAUACAGCGAGAACGUGCGAAGAUGUCUACGGUCCCACAGACCACGUCCACGCCAGAUAUCAUUGCAGACAAGUCCAGACGUGCCGUCCGCGACCUCUUAGAAAGGCUGCAAUUCACGGCGCCCUCAUUCUCUCGCGACCAUGUCCUCGAGAGCCGAGUUGUCGACGUACUCCGCGGAUGGGGCAGAGACAUGUUUGCACUCCUGCGUCCCUACGUCCCGCCUGCUAUCAUCAUGACGAUCACCGGCUACCACCACAUCACCGACAUCGACGUCAAGGUCAAAAUCGCUCUCUUCAGUUGCCUCAUUACAGGGGUCGAUGACAUGUCCGUGCUCGGGUCGUCCGUUGUCCGCGACUUCCAUCACCGGCUUUGCGUGGGCUCUAUGCAGUAUGACACCGGUGUCAUGGGCAGACUCAUGCAGACCCUGUCUGCGAUGUGGCCCUUCUACCCGGAGUUCUCAGCCACCUCGAUAUUCACCUCGGUGACGCGGGUCGUCAACGGCUGCAUGCUAGAGCAGAUCAGCGGGAAGCCCGGCAUUGUCAGCUCGUCGGAUGCUCUACCUUUCAUCGCGUAUCGCCGUGACAUGUCGGGCCUCGGCGAGGCCUUUGCGUACUUCAUAUGGGAUAAGAAGAACUUCCCUGAUGUUGAGUUGUAUAUCCAAGCAAUCCCAGACAUCUGCUGGUUCCUGUGUUACAUCAAUGAUAUCUUGUCGUUCUACAAGGAGGAGCUGGCAGGAGAGACCAGCAAUUACAUGAGCGAUCGCGCCCGGGCCAGUGGCGACUCCGCGCAAGAGACACUCCAGAAAGUCAUAGACGAGACGAUCUCCAUCGUCGAGCGCGUCCGGAACAUACUGGGCGAGGGACCCGUUCGAGAUGCUUGGGAAUCCUUCGCGAAGGGGUACAUAACCUUCCAUACACACAAUCCUCGCUACCGUCUGAAGGAGCUGAUUGAAUGCGAGUAUAUCGUGGUCGACGGUAUAGAUUAUGUCUAAUGCUGACGGGCGAUGUGUCCUAUGCGUUGUGCUCGCCAAUAGACCUUUUUUGAUUGCUGCACAGUGCUCGUGGAAUCGGACAGGCCUUGUCACUGUGGCCAGCACUGAUCGACCACUGACUCGUAGUAGCCUCGUCGAGAUGUGAC